UCUUCAUUUGAUUCCCUCUUCUCACACCGUCACCGUCGUCUCAAACCGCUCCCUCAUAAUUCCGAACACCACCUGCGCCGCCCACAUCUUCUUUCGCAUCUCCUCCUCGACCAGCUCGAAGUUUCUCGUAGUCUCUCUCUCUCUCUCUCUCUCUUUCCAUUCAUCUAAAAUUUCUCGAUUUUGAUUUCGUGAUUGGUGUAGUCCGCUAUUUUUUUUGUGAGAAGUCUUUGCUUGAAAUGGGCUUUUUAUUCACAAGCUCUUUGGGACUUUCCUGGAGAAGCGAGUAGAAAUUCUCAGGAUCAAUAGAGACUUGUAGGAGUUGGACUAAGGUCUCUUUCAAUUUUCGAUCGGGCAUAGUUGCAAUCUUAUUCCACUUAAUCUUCCUCAACUUUUCAGAUACCUAAGGCGGCGAAGUAUAGCUAAAAAAUGGGAGGGACACAAGUGGAGAGAGAAGAGAAGGUGUCUCUGGAACUCUGUGAAGAAAUUCUUCAGAGUAUGGAAGUGGGAAUGUCCUUCAAAGACUAUAAUGGUAGAAUAAGUUCGUUGGAUUUUCACAGGGCAUCCAAUUAUCUAGUAACUGCUAGUGAUGAUGAAUCCAUUCGUCUGUAUGAUGUUACCAGUGGAACAUGUUUGAAGACAAUUAAUAGCAAGAAGUAUGGAGUUGACCUGGUUUGCUUCACAUCUCAUCCUACAACUGUCAUUUACUCUUCAAAAAAUGGUUGGGAUGAAUCUUUGCGGCUUCUAUCGUUGCAUGAUAACAAAUAUUUGAGAUAUUUCAAAGGUCACCAUGACAGGGUUGUGUCUCUAAGUUUGUGCUCUCGGAAAGACUGCUUUAUAUCUGGAUCUCUAGAUCGAACUGUUUUACUGUGGGAUCAAAGGGCUGAGAAGUGCCAGGGACUUUUACAUGUACAAGGAAGGCCUGCUAUAUCAUAUGAUGAUCAAGGGCUUGUCUUUGCAAUUGCCUUUGGAGGAUACAUAAGAAUGUUUGAUGCUCGCAAGUAUGAAAAGGGUCCCUUUGAGAUAUUUUCUGUUGGGGGAGAUAUUUCUGAUGCAAAUGUUGUGAAAUUUAGUAAUGAUGGGAGACUCAUGCUUUUAACAACAGCAGAUGGGCAUAUUCAUGUGCUUGACUCAUUUCGUGGCACACUUUUAUCCACAUAUAUUGUCACACCUAUCUCAUGCAACUCCACAUUAGAAGCUUCUUUUAGCCCUGAGGGAAUGUUUGUAAUAUCUGGUUCUGGGGAUGGCAGCAUCUAUGCAUGGAGUGUUCGAAGUGGCAAAGAAGUUGCAAGUUGGAGGAGUGCAACUUCUGAUACUGGACCUCCUGUAAUAAAGUGGGCUCCUGGAAGUCUUAUGUUUGCUACAGGAUCAUCUGAGUUGUCAUUCUGGGUUCCUGAUUUGUCUAAAUUGGGAUCUUAUGUUGGAAGAAAGUAGAAACAAUGCAUGAUAAAACAAUUGUUUGCCAAUUAACCCACUGAAAGAAUUGGAACCAUUACUUUGUUUGGCUAUUGUUGCCAUGUCAUGUUCAUGAUGCUUUUCCACUUUCAAAAAUAUAUUGACCAAUUUUGGUGGGGGCUUCACCCAGAAAUUAGUUAUUGCAGAACAGUACAAGGUUUGUUUUCCUCUGCUGGCAGCACUCGGUAAAUGAGAGGUUGUUUGCUUGUGUUUUGCAUAGAUGAGAGAAUGGUGGAAUGGGGAUCUUGUUGUUACCCAAGGUAAACAUAAACUGCUUGAUUAUACAUUAUGCAGUGGAUGUUGAUUAAGUGUGGUGCCAGUCUGUUAAACCAUUCUACUUGGUAACCCCUUAGAUGAGGUCAGAUUUGAGGUAGAACAAAUAGCAUGACCCUAAAUCCCCCCUUCACAUGACAUCACACAAAAUACAGUUAAAAAAGUGGUGAAUGUGGCUUUUGUUGAUGAUAAAGAACACUAUGUACUUAAGGACACAGUUUAAAAGAUGGCUUAAUCUCUCA